AUAAAUAGUGAUAUGAAAUGACCCUGUGUACAAUAAUGAUGUUAGUAAGCAAUUUUAUACUUUACCAAUGAUAUGCUUUUGUUCCUGAAAUGUGCUGAAGUGGAUUUGUGAGCGGCGGAACCUUUGCUUACAGUGUGAGAAUGCAAGCCGGACACAAUAUCGUCGGACGAAUGAACGUCGUCAAUAGAACGUUGAGUAGCUAGUUUCAUGGUUUUGGGAUUCGUUUAUACUGUACAGUAAGUACAGAAGUAUUUUAGCUAACGGUAACAAUAUGCUUUGAAAUACUGACAUAUUUUAAAUAACUGACGUGUGGAGUUGAAGGAAGAAGCUACUUUUUUUGGGGGGGGGGGGGGUGACAUUUACGGACUGAACUCGAAGGGACAAAAUGAAUACAGGUGUGCAACUUCCUGUCUCUGCUUUGCGCCUCCUGGUGUCACCAAUUCAACUCGUCUCUGCAGCAAUCUGGCAGACCAUAGAGCAACGAGUUGUGGAUGAUUAUGGAAUGCUCGAGGAUUUUGUUUCCAUGGUUACAGAGCUUGUUCCAGAGCUGCUUACCAAUAGUCAGCGGACGCAACUCAUCCUGGGCCUCAGAGCACAGCAAAUCCUGGAGUUAUGUCAGUUGGAAGAAAAGGCUAAUUUCAAUGUUAUGGAGCAACACCUGGACAGGAUGAACAUCCUUGUUAAGACCUCUUCUGCAAAUGACCAUGAUGAUCGAUGCUCAACUUUUGUGGAUUUUGUGAAACAUUUGCUGAACAAUCCUGCUGAGAGGAAAAACUUUUUUCUUGUUUGGGGGCAUGCUGGAAGCUAUCCCAGCCAUCUCUGGUUGAGAGGCGGAGUACAACCUGAACUGGUCACCAGCCAAUUGCAGAAUGUUUUUCCCAAGGAGUUUGGCCCAUCAUAUAACAAGGCUCUUCAGUGCCUGAUGGAGCUCUUUCUGUCUAGACUUCAGGCAUUUCUUCCUGGGAAAACCUUCCAACAGGUUGCCUCCACUUGUGGUGAGGUGUCCUCUGUUCUGGGAGACUGCUUGAAGUCCAUAUGUAGCUGUGAUGAGCUUAGAACUCUGUUUCAGUAUCACAAGAACAACAGCCAACUAGGACACAGUGAUAUUUCCUCGGAUGGCGCCUACAUCAUGUCUGCUCUCAAGUGUGCUGCAGUAAAAGAUCAUUGCUUGCAGGAGACCUAUGCCUGCAAAUCUUCUCCACAUAGAGAAUCUAAAAGAACCAAAAGGGAUCAGCUCAGGAUAGAGAUUGAUGAAGCUCAUGAAACGGUAGAAUGUGAUUCAGACGAAAUCACCAACAGUAAAGAAAAUGUUAAAAGUCAAAUUAAUGAUGUCUCUUGUCCUCAAAUGGAUAGCUGUGUUCAAGGGAAACCACUUGCGGGGUCAUUGCAGUUUCGACCUGUGCGUCUGAACCGAGGACUAAAGAUGAAAAUGAUUUUGGUGGAAGAGAAAAAAGGACUUGAUUGUAAAGAGGAUCUCCCUAUUCACAAAGCUGUUUCCAGUCAAAUAAAAGCAUCUGUGAUGAGACCUUCUGAUUACUCUGACAAUGAGGACAAUGGAAGCGAAUAUUCCUCCUGGUCUUUCUAUUCAGAUGAGGACUCUCAGAGUAAUCAAAGUUCAUGGUCUGACUACUCUGGUGACGAUGUAUCCGAUGUGACUCCUGUCAUUUCAUCUCCCAACUUCUUAAAUGAGGUCACAAAUGAAGACAAAUCUUCAGCAGCUACCAGCACAAAGCGCAUCGCCAGCCAAAACAAAGUUCCUCAAAAAAAGUCUUGUCAAGUCAAGUGCUUCAUCUGCAAUGAGCAAGUGAGCAUCAAUCUGCAAACUCACAUAAGAACUCACUUCCCAGACGGUCAGUAUACCUGCCUACAAUGCAAUACCAGGUUUAAACUAUUCUCAUCUCUGAAGACGCAUUUAGUAAGAAAAUGUUACGACUAUGCUCAGCACCCGGUAGAUCUUAGGCCGGGCCAUGAUCUUUAUAAAUGUGACCGUUGCGAGAAGGCCUUCAGGUACAACCAGUCACUGGAAGCCCACAAACGGACCCACAACGAACUCUACUGCAGCGUGUGCAGGAAAGUCUUAAAAGAUGCAACUACAUUAGAAAGGCAUAAGGCCUCCCACACUGGGUUUCAGUGUACUCGAUGUGAAGAGUCCUUCACUCUUUUUAAGCCCUUGCGCAGGCAUUAUCAACAUUUCCACAAAAUUAGCAGACCCUUUAAAUGUAAUAACUGCCCCAAAACAUUCUCCAGGCUUGAGUAUUUAAUCAGACACGAAUGGAGGGACACUGGUCAUCUGCCGUUCCAGUGCAAUGUGUGUGCUUUAAGAUUUAGAGGUGACUACGAUCUUAUGUCGCAUCAAAGGGUUCACACAAAGGAAAAACCCUAUCUCUGUGGAGAGUGUGGGAAAACCUUCUCCCAGAAGCCCAAUCUGCUGCGGCACCAGCGUUUCCUCCACAGUGAGUCAAAAAACGAAAAGAAAUACUUCUGCACUGAGUGUGAGACAUCCUUUAAAGAGAAAGGAGCUCUGAUACAGCACCAGAGGCGGAAACACCUCAAGGAACUGAUACGCCAUCUGUGCCCAGACUGCGGGAAGACGCUCUCUGCAUCAAACAUCGCAAGACAUAGGUUGAUCCACACAGGAGAGAGACCUUUAAAAUGCACAGCUCCUGAUUGUAACAAGUCUUUCUUGUCAGCUACUGAGAGGAAGAAGCACGUUCUCAUGCACCACUCCACUGAACGACCGUUCAAAUGUGAUACAUGCGGAAAGGGCUUUGUCACAAUUGGGUUACUUAAUGAGCAUUCUAAGAAUCAUUCAGGCAAGAAGCUGUUUGUAUGCGACAUCUGCAUCAAGGCUUUCCCAAAACGCUACAGCAUGAUUAGGCACAAGAAGCUUGUGCAUACGUCUACAAGUUGAAGGUGCCAUAUUUUACCAAAUGUUUCUAUGUAAUAUUGGCUCUAUGGUGCCUCAGUAGACAUGUGAAAGAUGAAUUGAAAUCAUCCACGUAUUUCUGAGUUUCAGACGUUUUUCUCCCGAGAGGCCUGAAAUCAGGUCAUACGAAUUUCUCGAGCUUAUCUACAUCACUAGCCAAGAUCUCCGCCUAUCUCUCCGCUUCCGAGCCAGCGCUGUCAACAUAACAAACACGUAUGCUCUCAACAAGUGGGUCUUCUACACGGAGGCAACCAAUCAGAAGAAAGGGGGCAGUCUUAUCCAAAUAUGGACAAAGUGGAUCCAAAAUAGAAGUAGCUGUCCGAGGGGCCUUUUUUUGGACACUCAUAUGACAAAAUCAAGGUGUUUUUUUUUUUUUUUAAAUAAAAUUGACACUUUUAAAUUAAGUCCAUGUUAGAGAGGUACUCUAUGGAGGUCUAAAUAGCCAAAAUAUUGUGACCUUUAAGAUAUGAUGUUACCCAAACUAAUACAGGGACUCCUUGGUUUAUUAACUGACUCUAUGCAUGCAGCACGUCCGUAUUUGGGGUUAAGGAGGCAUGCUACCUUACAAUCACCAGGCAAACACAUACUGAAAACAAUGAGAACUAACUAUUUAAACCACAGGUGUCAAACUGGUGGCCCGGGGGCCAGAUCUGGCCCGCCACAUCAUUUUAUGUGGCCCGCGAGCGCGUGCAUCGACUUUGUUUCUUGCUAAAAUACCAUAUUCCAAAUUGGCUUCACACAGAUUUUUUUUUACCAACCCCACUUUUAAAAUAAAAAUUUUUUUUUACUGGCUUUUGAUUUCAAAAAUAAUUAUCCAUUAAUUUGUGUGUAUGUAAUAAUAUGAGGCAAUCAUACACUCAUAUGGGGUUGCAGCCAUAACGGCCCUCCGAGUGGAACCAUAACUCCGAUGUGGCCCGGGACAAAAAUGAGUUUGACACCCAUGAUUAUUCAAAGCAUACUCGCUGUCAACUGGGAUUACGUAAAGUUACAGUGAAUGACGUACUACAGUCUACCUGAGACUGACUAAUAAGACAGUAUAGUAUUUAAUUUCUUAACAUUUAAAUGUAUGAAAAAAAACACUGGAAAACUUGUCGAAAAUACUGUACAUCUUAGUGUGUUUGUGUAAGACUGAUGUUAUGGACCAAACUGAAUCAUAAAUCAAUUUGUGCAUUUUCUGCACUGUAAAUAUGAAAUAAUGUCCUGUUUUUGAAUAAAGGGAUGGACAUUUUGAAACUUGGCCUUGCGCACCAGUGGAGAUUUCAGCAUGACAACAACCCACAGCACAUCACAAAAGUAGUGACGAAAUGGUUAGCGGAGAAAAACUAACAUUUUGCUGUGGCCCAGCCAGAGUCCUGACGUGAAUCCAAUUGAGAAUGUGCGGAGGGAGCUGAAGAUCAGGCUGAUGGCUUGCAGACCCUCCAACCCGAAAGAGUUGGAGUUCAUUGCUAACCAUGAAUGGGCAAAAAUAGCAGUGUAGACGUGCAAAAAGUAUUACAAUUAUAUAUCACUUAUUUGUUGAUGAAAUGUUUUCGUCAGUCAGUGACCUUUUCAAAUGAAAUGAUCCAUUUCACAACAUGCCAAGGAGGUUACAGAGGACAGAAAAAAAAGACAUGAAACAGAUUAUAUAAGUAUGUUGUAAAGUUUAUAAUGUGAUUUUACAGCUUUUUGGUUCAUACAAUUCGAUAUGGAUGGGAAAUAGUUUUCAUAUAUAUAUAUAUAAAGCUCAAAGGAGUUUGGUUUCUUAUGUGUAAAUUUAAAUCUAUGAAUGUAUAAUUUUGAUAAUAAAGUUAAAUAAAAUUGUGAGCGGGCGGUCAUCAUAUUCAAUAAUACCACAUUUUUCCAAAGCAAGGAGUAGCGGGGUUAAAUAUGAUCAACUGCUUUGUGUAUGGACAAGACCACAAUAAAUGGACCAAUGUUUGUUUCUUCAGUUGGUAUCUAUCUUUCUUAAAGCUUUGCAGGUAUUAACUGGUCGGAUAAAAUCUGUCAUUUUAUAAGAAAUCUCUUUCAUUUUGUUUGUGAUGAAAAAGUUAUGUGGCAGGAACCCAACCUUUUCCCAAUUGAUAUUUCCUACAAAGGUAGACCAGUAUGAAAAUGCAGGAGGUGUGUCCAAAUGUUCUUGCUGGUAGAAAUGACGAAUUACUCUGUUGUUGCCUGUAAAGCAUGCAUCUCCAAUAAAGGUUUCAGUUUGAAGUUUGACUAUUAGG